UCGCGAUAUAUCAUACAAACGUGUUUUUCUCAUCAGCUGUUGUGGUUGUGCAUCUUUCAGCGUUAAUCAGGUGCUUGGCACUGGGAUAUUAACGAUCAAAUUAACUCGCUUGUUGGUUUAUCAACUGUUUCAGACGAUAAUGGAAAAAUCAGGGGGUGAUACAGAUUCGAAAUCUGCCCAGGAUCUUACUGCAGUGGUUCAGACGUUACUGCAACAGAUGCAAGACAAGUUCCAGACUAUGUCCGAUCAAAUCAUUGGCAGAAUUGAUGAGAUGAGCACACGCAUUGAUGACCUGGAGAAGAACAUUGCUGAUCUCAUGACUCAGGCUGGAGUGGAGGAGGGGGAGGGAGAGAGCAAGCCAAAAGAGGAAGAGGCAUCCUAAAGUAGGAUGUUCAGAACACAGAGAACACAAACUUCAGAAAAACACAGGGAGCUCACUUCUCCAAGAGCAGCCAACAUUUUUUCCCCCAAAAAGAACUGAACAUAUUGAUUUUUAAAGUGUUUUGUGGAGUGCUUUUUAUAGUAUCUUGUGAUAAUGGUCUUUUUUGUGUGACAUUGAAUUAACUUUUUUCUUGUGUGUGUGUGUGAGUUGAUCGAUAGUCUUCCUGACAAACUUUUGUAAACCCCCCUGCAAAAUGCUGAUCCGCAGAAAUGCAAGUUUCUUGAACCGCUCUCUGUGCCAAGAACAAGUCAUUCCACUUUCUGUAGAUUGUGUGGUAUUAAACUAGUUUUGUACAAAA